GGUUCAGACCACGAUGGUCUUCAAUUCCUCCUCUCCUGUUCCCAGUGAGAGUUUGGUCCUCAGUGUAAUCCAGACUCUUCUGAGUGCUCGACUCACAAACCUCACUGACUCUGUAAAAGUGCUGAACUUCACCUAUGAGAAAACUUCAGACACCUGCUAUGCGGUAAAAUUCACAUUCCAGAUCAGUAACAUCAGCAUGUCACAGAACCCUGAAUUAGUGAAUGAUACCUACAACCAAGUGGAGAGCAUCAUCAACAAUGCUUUAAACACACUUCUAAAUGAAGCUGGUGCAGAACCAUUCAACCCACAGAGGUCUUUCUUCACGAUUUCAGGAACCCAGGUUAUAGGAGACAUGUUCUACAACUGCCAAGUUGGAGACACUAAAACACCAGCAUCUUUCCAGAAUGAUAUUUCACCUGUAUUGGGGAAUGUUCUGAUAUAUAUUCGUCUAGUUUUUAAGAAUUUGACCAAAGUACCUAGUGAGGCUGAUGUUCUCAAUGCUUCUAAUGCUCUGCUGGAUGCAAAGAUCAGAAGAGCACGAGAUCUUGUAACACAAAAACUGAGUGAUCCUGUGAGCAUACAGGAUGUCACCUAUCAGAAAAUUGACAACCACUCAUACAUUAUAAGCUUUGGAUUCAAAAUCAGCAAUGUGACAAUCUCCAAGGACACUCAGCUGAGGAAUGGAACAUAUUCUUUAAUCCAAAACAUCAUUAACAGCCUGCUGAACACUAUUCUAAAUGUCAAAGGUGCUCCUGAAUUUGUCUUCCCACAAGCAAACUACAUAUUUAAUGGUACAGAAAUUGUGGCUAAUUCAGAAUACAUCUUUGUGGGAGGUGACACCAAGUGGACACCAAGUGGAUUUCUAUAUGCAGUACUCAACAUUAGCAGUCUGUCGACCCUCACUACUGCUGCUGCCCAAACAGACCCCCCUGUCCACGUAGUCCUGAGGCCCACAGUCCAAGCACAGAGCACCACCACUGGUGGAAAUUCUGCAUGGAUCCUGGGAAUCAUUAUCCCCUGCAGUAUAGUCAUUAUUCUCAUACCCUGCUGGAUUCUACUCUGUGUAAGUGUCACCAAAAUCGCUUUGUUUGCUCUGUGGCUGCUGUGCUGGUUUAAGGAAGCGCUACAGCAGAAGACGGUCCUACACCGUCCAAUAUGCAACAAGAAAUGGACUCUUUUAAAAACAGAUUAUGUGUGA